AUAGGUAGCUCAAUAGCCGCUUUCAACAACAACAUUGAAUGCAUUCUUGACAUGCAAUCCCUGCCAAUCAAAAAAGCCGCUUCCGUCGUCCUCCUCCUCCUAGCCUCUUUAGCCCACCCCCAGCGCCGGAUUCCCGCUGACGCGCGCUGAAUACGGGAUUCUACAGGCCCUCGCUGCUCCCGAUGGGGGCCCCUCUUGGCGCCUGUAGGCUGUGCCAGGUGCGCUGCAGCGACGAAUGCACCGCUAACCCGGCCCGGAUCCCUCCUGCUGGGCGUCGCGCGCUGCAUUCCAGGCCGUCUUCCCCAGCAUCUCGCUCGCUCCAUCCACUGUGCUCUUUUUUUUUUCUUCCACCUCCAGUUCUCACGAACCCGUCACUCGUCUCUCGCUGCCAACUUCGCCUUCCAUCGCUCGCGUUCGCUCGCAUUUCCUCUCGCUACGUUUCUCGACUUCUUCUUUUAUCUGCCCGCCUCAGCCCGAUCCCUCGUGCCAUUUCCCGGCUCUCCCGGUUCUCCGUCUGCGCAAAGACUCGCUCUCGCUUUAGUCAGCUCCUCUCCCAGGCGACGACUCGACUCUCCCCGAUCAAAGACGACAAAGACGGAAGAAGGAAGAUUCGAAAAAUACGAACAACACAAGACGAGCAUCACGAAUCGCUUAGCGUUUUGUUUUGGCGCAUAACACCCGGCUAUUUCUGACAGCUGUCGUUUGCGCACAUCCGCGGAACUUGCAUCAUUGGCCGUGACUUGACUGACCCACGGGUGUUUGGUCAAGCGCCCUUUCUGAAACAAACAAAAAAAAACAUCAGCGUCUUUCUCUCGCUUCUUCCAUUUCUUCUGGAUUGGCGCAGGCGUCAAGAUUUCUCCCCAGCGACUUCACCCGUGUGCAUCUCCGAUUCUUUCUCAGUAAAUACUUGCUUUUAAUUACUCCUUUCCAUCGUCAUCAUGGCUAAUCAACUGCCCAUCACCACCAUCGUGCCCUUUGGCAACAUCCAAAAACUGCCAGCCUGCGCGGCUGCUUGCAUCCAUCUCUACGAUGCCAAUGGCGCCUGUGUGCCCCCGGCCGUGCCCUCCAACAAUCCCAGCGCAUACACGUCAUGCUUCUGCUUCGACCCUCGACUCACGGCCUUUUCGACGACAACCGGCGGCGUUUGCGACACGGCCUGCACCGCGAAUCCCAGCGGCCUGUCAUCCAUCACCAGCUGGUACCACAGCAUUUGCAACGUCCAGAAAGGAGUAGCUCCCUCGACGACUUCCUCGACAUCAAGCACUUCGACCAACGCAAUCCCCGAGCAAUCGCAUCCGGCCAGCGGCGAUUGGAUUUCCAACCACUGGCAAUGGGUUGUGAUGCUGGUCAUUCUCGUCGUUGGCAUCGCCGGCAUCUGGAUCGGCGCAUGCAUCUGGCGCCGUCGCUACCUCCGCAAGCGCGAGCUCCGAAAACAAGCUGGCAUCACCGACUCUUGGGGCUCCGGUGCCCCUGCGAAUGACGCUGCCGCCGGCAUCCCCAUGACUACGAGCGCGACGCCCGCCCUGCCCAACUUCACGUCGACAUCCGAGAAGCGCAACACGACGACCAAGCUGUGGCCAUUCAGCAGCAAUCGAUCAUGAAAUUUGGAAAAGGACAUAACAAAAAAUCAAAAUCAAAACCAAAAGAGCCAAGGAAAACGAUGAAAAAUGAAAAUACAAGCGAUGGAUGAAAUCAAACUAUCAUAGGAGCCUAAUUUAAAGAACGAAGCACUACGACUACCACGACGAAUUGCUUCGUGCCUCGAUUCUUUUUCCAAAAUACCGCCUUAUUUUGCACAUCUGCUACGACAUACAACAAUUCAUCUUAUACUUUUCUUCGCCGCUCCCUCAACAUACUCUCCAUCAAAUGUAGCGUUCCUUGUUCAUUUUACAUCUUUCUUUUCCUCUCUAGGUUCUCUAUAUCAUUUUAUCCACUUCUUGUUAUUUGUUCUUUGUUUUUCCCUUCCCAUUUUUUGGAUCUGGCGUUGGCUGUGUUAUACGUUUUUGUUGGGAUAUUAUCAUAUCAUGUCUUUUUUUACAAAGGUGGAGAAAUUAGAGUUUGGGAGGGGCGAAACGAGGAAAUCUAUCAUAUUCUUCUUUUUCUUGCCAAAUACGAAGUCUCCUUUUCUUCUAUACGAAGAGAGGGGGAUAUUGGAGGAUUAAGAGAGGGGAGCAGCGAGAAAUACGUCAUUACACAUCAAAAGGUGGCUUUUCUUAUGCCUACCAACCACUUCUUGGCAGUAACUCAAAUCAAAAUAAAAAUGCGCUCUUGUUUUCUUCUCUUCAUAUAUUACUAACGUGUACUUCGUAAUAAACGCCCAAAACUGUCUUUUUUUUCUACAUACAUAUAUCGCGCUAAUGUCAUGUACUCGUGAACUUUUGUCAUAUCGUCCCGUCUAUGAUUUAAAACAAUAAUUCAUCCAUUCAUUUCUUCAAAGCUUCCUGCUCUUCCAUGGCAUCCAUGUAUAGGUCAAUGAGGCAGCCAGCAGACCAUGCCUG